CGUAGUACGGUCGCAUUUUCAGAACAACAUCUGUAUGUGGAGACAAAAACUUUUCGCGUUCUCAGAGUAAACAGGAACGAGUAAUAAUGUUCGCUUGAUUUUACCAAUAAAUUUUCCAAGUGAUUGGUGUGAUGGAUUGUUUUUUACUUCUAAUGCUGUGUGAUUUUAUUGACUAAAUAUCAAUUGAAAUUUUUUAGAAUGAGAAAAAACACAACUUGGCGGUGUAAGCUUGCCACCGCAGCCGAAAUUAGUCCGUCCUCGGUGCUGUUACUAUUGAUGUCAUUGGCACUGAUCGAGGGGGCAAUCGUGCCACCACCUUGGGCGGAUCCAGCUAACAAUCCGUGCGCCUCGCAACCCCGGGGUUGGCAGCUGCUGUACUGGCCAGCCGACGGCAAAUGUUACAGAAUCUUCCAGAUUGGCGCCCCGUGCCCGGAAACGAUGGAGCUGAGCCCCUCGGCCGUGGGCAGCGGCGGAAUGAUGAAGGCCGAGUGUCGCUGCCCGCCGGGCACGGCCCAAUCACCGCGAGAUGCUCUCUGUCAUCGGAUCUUCACGCGGGCUUCCUGCUCGAAGGGCCAGUUUUUCGCCCCCAUACCGGAGCCAAGCGCCAAGCAGAGCAGCUCCAAAAAACGCUGGGGUACGUGUCGCGAUCCUGAGACUUGCAGCAAUACAGGUGAUGUAUUCUAUCCGCGCGACAGCCAGUGUUAUCGGAAAUUUUCACGCGGACCGUGCGCCAAGGGUGAGCUGAUGAGCGUAGACAAGGAUGGACUGGGCGCCUGUUCGUGCUCGCGAGACGGUGAAAUGGGAAAGUACUACUCCGUUCUCAGCGGCGGUUGUUACGAGUUCUACACGAGAGGACCUUGCCAGGAGCCCGGGGAAUUGUUUCUGCCCGGAGGUAAAUGCGGAUGCAACGAAAAGAUGACGCAGUACCACAAGCCGACCAAUAUGUGCUACGAGCUCGGCGGACAAGGUCCUUGCUCGGCAGGUCAUCGCUUUACAGCGAUAAAGAGCAGCAACGGGACAAAAAGCACUCAUAAAAAGGUGAUCCACGCCAGCUGCCAGUGCAAAGCCGACAACGUGCCGUACGAGGACGGACUCUGCUAUCGAACGUACACGCAGGGCCCGUGCCCAGCCGGCUCCAUGCUGCUCAACUCGACCAGCUGCGUGCCGAUCCCGUGCAAGCGCGGCCGGCUUUACUUUCCGCUCGAGGGCACCUGCUACAAGAUCGGCUCGCGCGGACCCUGCCCCAACGGCCAGGUCGUCCUCUACGAUUACAGCGCCAGGCCGUCGAUCGACGGUAUAAGCUACAACGGAGUGUGCGGCUGCACCAGUGCAAUGAAGAACGCCGGCAAGUGCCAGGAAGGCCUGAGCCAGCUCGAGGGUAAAUGCGACGAGACACCGGGCAUGGUGCUCAUCGACAAGGUCUGCCACAAGCUCUAUACUCGAGGACCUUGCGGCGACGGCGAGUGGCUGAUUUCUCGAAGACGAGCCAAGACUGACUGGUCUGGCCAAGAGCUCGUCGGUAACGGGCCUAAAGCUAGGUGCGAGUGCAAACCCGGUUACACGAGAACCAACGAGAUCGAGAGCAAUAACCUCUUGACGGUCGGCAAGUGUCAAGCCCCGAGCGUCGGUAUUGCGAGAUUUCUCAACGAACAAUUUCACAUUAAGCUCUAGUGCUCCAAACUAAAAGCUGUGAUAUAUCCUUUUGGAUUAAGUGUAAAUAUAAAACAAUUGACAAGUUCCGAGUCUUGAACACAUGAAUUUAGCUCGUGCUAAAUUGCACUCUUUGAAAAAUACUGACGCCAUUCUAUUUAUACAAUACUAAGUUAUAAAUGUUUGCAGAUUGUGACACUUAUAAUUUACUUAGGAACGUUCAAAAUGUACUUAUGCUACUAAAUGUACUCAUUUCGUCAUUUAGCUUAUUUGUGUAAGGUUCAAAUACUUCGCCUUCAAAUACUUAUAACAGUGAAUAAGUUUGUUUUUGUUAAUAUAAUGAGUCUGACUAUUCAGGGAAAAUUCCUAUACGAAAUUCAAAAAUUGGUAAACGAAACUCCAAACAACCCUAGUUUUCCCCUGAAAAAUUGUCAUUUUCAUAUACAAGAAUCAAAAAUGUUGUGCACGAAUUUUCCCUCAAUAGGAACUUCCAUGUACAUCUAACAUAUGCAUAUGUUUAUCAUUUUUACGAAAAAUAAGUGAUAAUAAGAUGCAUGUUUAAAGUUACAGUGUGAUA